AAGACAGGACGGACUCCAAAGUGAGAAUGGCUGUGACUUUGGAAGAAGCUCCGUGGCUGGGCUGGAUCUUGUUGAAAGCACUGCUGAGAUUUGCCUUCAUGGUCGCCAACAACCUGGUUGCUAUUCCAUCCUACAUCUGCUAUGUGAUUAUACUUCAGCCCCUGCGAGUGCUGGACAGUAAGCGGUUCUGGUACAUUGAAGGAAUCAUGUAUAAAUGGCUUUUAGGAAUGGUGGCUUCCUGGGGAUGGUAUGCUGGAUAUACAGUGAUGGAAUGGGGGGAAGAUAUUAAAGCAAUUUCAAAAGAUGAAGCAGUGAUGUUGGUGAAUCAUCAGGCCACAGGAGACGUGUGCACUCUGAUGAUGUGCCUCCAGGACAAAGGACUGGUUGUUGCCGAAAUGAUGUGGUUGAUGGAUCAUAUUUUUAAGUACACAAACUUUGGAAUUGUUUCUCUACUUCAUGGAGACUUCUUUAUAAGACAAGGAAGAUCUUACCGUGACCAACAGCUGCUACUUCUCAAGAAGCACUUAGAAAAUUAUUACAGAAGCAGAGGUCGAAAAUGGAUCGUUUUGUUUCCAGAAGGGGGCUUCCUCAGGAAGAGGCGAGAAACAAGUCAGGCAUUUGCCAAGAAAAAUAACUUGCCAUUUCUUACACAUGUCACUCUGCCAAGGUGUGGGGCAACAAAAAUUAUUUUGAGUACACUUGUAGCACGACAGGAAAAUGGAAGUCCAGCAGGAGGAGAUGCUAAAGAAUCAGCCCCAUUAGUGAUAACUUCCAUUAUCAUCUCCUUGGCCUUGAUUGGUUCUGAGCACAUUCCUAUACCCCGAUACCUAUGGCUAAGAGAAUGGAUCUUUCCAAUUAAAGAUGUACCCCUGGAGAUUGAUGACCUUACCAAUUGGCUCUAUCAACGGUUCAUUGAAAAAGAGGACCUCUUAUCACAUUUUUAUGAAACAGGAGCUUUCCCACCUUCUAAAGGCCAGAAGGAAGCCGUGUCCAGGGAGAUGACCCUCAGCAACAUGUGGAUAUUUCUCAUACAGUCUUUUGCAUUUUUGUCAGGCUAUAUGUGGUACAACAUCAUUCAGUAUUUUUACCAUUACCUGUUUUAGGAAUUGACUUGGACUUGUCAAGGUCACCAUAGGAGUUCAGACUUUCUUUCAUAAGUGUGCAUUAUUUUACAUGUGCAAAUCAGAAUAUGUAAAAAAAAAAAAAAAAA